CUCUCUCUCUCUCUCUCUCUCUCUCUCUCUCUCUCUCUCUCAUAUAUCUAUUAAUCUCCUAAGAAAUUUUCCUACCCCAGUUACUAUUACUUUCAUUUGCUCUUUCUGUCAUACUAAUUUCCUAAGGAGCUUCUCCACCCACUUAUCUCUCUCUUUUUUUUGAACAUUACCCAGUUAUUUCUCUCUCACUUAACUAAUUUCCUAAUAUGCUUUCCUAACCAGCUACUAUUUCAUUUGCUUUCUCUCUCUCUCACACACACACACAUACACUAAUUUCCUUAGAAGCAUUCAUACCCAGAUAUCAUUUUUUCAUUUGCUCUCUCUCUCUCUCUCUCUCUCUCUCUCACACACACACACACACACACAAAAUUUGCAUAGAAGCUUUUAUACUCAGAUAUCUUAUCAUUGCGCUCUCUCGCUCUCACACACACAAGGGUCCCAAGAAUCUUAAUCUCUAAGAGUUCCACAUUCUAUUCCUGAAGACAUUCCAUAUUUAAUAUCUCAUAAUUCAGGUUUGCAACCCCUAUUAGAGCCUCUAGAAUCUCUUGUACAUAUAGCAAACAUGGUCAUGUCCAAUUUCCUAGAAAUGCUUUUGCUAGUGGUGUUAAUAGCAAGUAGGGCCAUACUUAGAUCAAAUGCUCUCAGUCUGGAUUAUUAUGGUGCAAGGUGUCCUUUCGAUGAACCAAUUGUUAGGAAUACUGUGAAUAGAGCUUUGCAAAGGGAUCCUACACUUGCAGCUGGGCUCUUGAGGAUGCACUUCCAUGAUUGUUUUGUUGAGGGGUGCGAUGGAUCAGUUCUAAUUGAUUCAACAAAGGAUAACACGGCAGAAAAGGACUCUCCUGCAAAUCUAAGCUUGAGAGGUUAUGAGGUGGUUGAUGAAGCCAAGCAAGAAGUUGAGAAACAAUGUCCAGGACUCGUCUCUUGUGCAGAUAUUCUCGCCAUGGCUGCUAGAGACGCAGUUCUUUUGUCAGGAGGUCCCUUGUAUGAUGUCCCAAAGGGACGAAAGGAUGGAAGGAGAUCAAAGAUUGAGGACACAAUCAAUCUUCCACCUCCCAUCCUCAACGCCUCCCAGCUUAUCAAAACCUUCUCUCAACAUGGUUUCAGUGCUCAAGAAAUGGUAGCCUUGGCAGGUGGCCACACCCUCGGUGUUGCCCGGUGCUCCUCUUUCAAGGGUCGCCUAAGCGACUCAACUCACAGUGCAGAUCCAACCAUGAGCCCGGACUUCGCUAAGACACUCUCGAGCACGUGUGCAAAGGGAGACAACACCGAGGCACCAUUUGACCCAACGAGAAACAUGUUCGACAAUGCAUAUUUCGUGACCUUGCAGAGAGGGGCUGGCCUCCUCUUCUCUGAUCAAGCCCUCUUUGUUUCUCCUAAGACCAGAGGAAUUGUGAACAACUAUGCCAUGAACCAGGCCAUGUUCUUCUUUGAUUUCUCACAGGCUAUGGUUAGGAUGGGGCAGCUUGAUGUGAAGGAGGAUGAUGAGGGAGAAGUGAGAUUGAAUUGUAGAAGAAUCAACUAAGAAAAUAAAGAAACGGUGGAUGGUUGAAUGUUCUUUGUUGAAUGUGCAAUCACACCAAUAUUGUAACUAGUUUUCUUCUUGUUAAUUUAGAUUUGUUUGUUGGAGUA